AUGGUUGGAUAUCGAUAUGAUAAACCACAGGGAGUUUCAAUGAAUGGAAAGGGUUUGGUGAGUGGAACCUCUUCUGCACUUGCUGUUCAUGUGGCAACUGUUAUAUUGGAAAAUGGAGGAAAUGCCAUGGAUGCAACUGUAGGAGCAGUAAUGGCACAGAUUGUUAUUGCUGGUGGGAGUUAUGUUUCAUUUGGUGGGUUGGCUGCGAUGGUGUACUAUGAUGCAAAGAGUGGGAAAAUUCACUCAUUGAAUGGAGUUUUUAACAAACCACUCAAGUAUGAUUCGGAUAAUAGGUGUGUAAAUUCAAAAUUGGAUAAUUGUUUGGGAUAUAGAGUUUUGGUUCCUGGAUUUUUCAGAGCUAUGGAAUCUGCUCAUAAGAAAUUUGGAAAAUUGAAAUGGGAAACUGUUUUGGAACCUGCAAUUUAUUUUUCAGAGAAGGGAUUCAUUGCUGAUUCACAAAUAGAAUAUUUACUGAAAUAUGAUGGUUACAAGAUUUUUAAAUUUGAGGAAGGAAAGAGAAUAUUCAUAAAUCCAAAUACGAAUCAACCAUACAAGAAAGGAGAAUUGUUUAGACAAUUGGAAUUGGCAGAUACUCUUAAAAAUGUUUCUCAAUUUGGAUCUGAUUACAUGUACACAGGAGAGUGGGCUAAAGAUUUUGUCACUAAGGUCAAUCAAUAUGGUGGAAUAAUUACAAUGCAAGACAUGAUCCAGUAUCAGCCAAUUUGGGGAGAGGCAUUGAAUGGAACAUUCAAAUUGGAAGAGUUAACAAUUCAUGGACUUGAUUAUCCAAGCAUUGGUGGAAUGUCAAUUAUUGAGGCUAUGAAUUUAAUUGAACUAUUGAACAACACUCAACCAUACAACGAAUCCGCUAACUCUCUUUACCAAUUGGUUCAAAUAGCUAGAUGGGGAAGAUUAGUGCAGGUAGUUGAUUACUUCAAGCCACAAUUACUUGCUUCAAUGUUCCCAAAUAUUGACCUAUCUUUCCAAGGACGACUUUCCAAGACAACUGCUCGUCAAGCUUAUGAUUUGAUUUUCAAUUCCAAUAAGGAGGAUUUAUUGAACAGAUGGCUCAAAUUUUACAAGAAAUGUGAAACAAUGCCCAACAAUCCGUGUAUGUACAAGACUCCAUCCGAAUCAAUUAUUAAGGGACAUUCUGAUUCCUUGACAGUCGCUGAUUCUGAUGGAAAUGUAGUGGCACUUGUCCACUCAAUCAAUUCUCAACCUUUUGGUACUGGCUUGAUUGUUGGUGGCAUUCCUCUAUCCGAUGCAAUCUCCUCCAAUUUAGGUCAACUGGCAUCUGUGAAGGGAGGUCAACAAAUUCUCAAUCCACUCCAACCAAUUAUUGUAACAUUAAGAGGUAAACCAUUACUUGCUCAAGGAACAAUAGGAGGGGGACUUCAUGAAUACUCUAUUCUCAAUCUAUACAAUGUCUUAGUAAUGAAAAAGACACCAAAACAGGCAGUCAUGCUUCCUCACUUUCAAGAUUUACAAUUCAGAAGUGAUUUCUGUUUCCCACUGAAUCAAACAAUCUAUGUGGGACCAGAGAAGGGAGGUUUUUCACUUCCACUCGUUCAAGAAACACAACUUGAGUACGGCCAAUGUUUCAAUAUUCUUGGAAAUGAUCAAGCAGCCACCUCAACUGGUGAUCCGGGUUACAUCGCUCAGUUAUUGAAACCAACAACUUCCCAACUUAUUCUUGGUGCAGUUGAUAACAUGCUCAAUGGUUGGUCAGAGGGGCUUUAAGGUAUCCAUGUUCUAAUAAAUUAAUCCAUUAACGAUA